GAGGGUAUCCAGAAGACUGUCAGCACAACAGAAGAAUUCCCAGCAACGCAAACGUCAGGCCAAAGUCAAAGCAGAGAGAUGCACUGUCACGUCCAUCAAAAAGGAAGAUGUUCCACCCACCAAGAAACAGAAAAUCUCUAGCAGUAGAGAGAGAAUGACUGAAGUAUCGCUGAACAGAGAUCACUCCCAGAGCACUGAACUCUCCCCAGCCAGACCCAAGAGCAAGCUGACCAUGCCUACCACGCCAACGAUGCUGAAGAGGAAGUAUCUUUCUGGCAAGCUAAAGAGCACAGAGGAGCAGGAGCUGGAAAAGAUGAAGCAAUUGCAGCAGGAGACAAUGGAUCUGCGCAAAAAGAAUGAAGAGUCCCUGAUAGCUGCUAUUGCUGGCUCAGGACAACCUGUGAAGAAAACAACUGGCCAGAUAACAAAGCCGAUUGACUUCCAUUUCUGCACAGAUGAGAGGAUUAAACAGCACGCAGAAAGCCAACCUGGGAAUGAAUACAAGAAGCUGGAUUUCAUAGCAGCACUGAGAAAGCACCCUCCAUCUCCGGCACGAGUGGUGAAGGGGCCCACCGUCCCCAAACCUUUCAAUCUCUCCUGUGGCAACAAAAGGAAGUUUGAAGAAACUACAUCAGAGUAUGUCCCCCUUGCUCAGCAGAUUGAAAACUUCCAGAAACGUACUCCCUCUCGUUACCAUUUGAGGAGCAGGAGGACCGAUGAAAGUCCAAUUCCAGUAAAGCCACUGAAGGCCAGACUUACGCAGCCCAAAACUCCACUGCUUCAAACCAAACAGCGCUUAAGACCUGUAACUUGCAAGAGUGCAGCUGAGUUGGAGGCAGAGGAAAUAGAGAAGCUCCGACAAUACAAAUUCAAAGCUCAGGAGCUUAAUCCAAGGAUCAUAGAGGGUGGGCCAAUCCUGCCCAAGAAACCCCCUGUGAAAGAGCCCACACAGCCUAUUGGAUUUGACUUGGAAAUUGAAAAAAGGAUUCAGGAGCGAGAGAGCAAGAAGCAGAAGGAGGAGGAGCAUUUUGAAUUCCAUUCCAGGCCAUGUCCAGCUAAAAUCUUGGAGGAUAUUGUGGGUGUUCCAGAAAAGAAGCCCCUUCCUGUUACAGUUCCUAAAUCCCCAGCCUUUGCGCUGAAGAACAGAGUCCGAAUGCCUGGUAGCGAGGAAGAAAAGAGAGAGGAGGUGGUCCCAGUGAUCAAAGCUAACCCCAUGCCACACUAUGGAGUGCCCUUCAAACCUAAAGCCCCCGAGCAGAGGCAUGUGGAAGUGUGCCCCUUCUCUUUUGACUCUCGUGACAGAGAGAGGUGGAUGCAAAAGGAGAAAAAAAUAGAAGAGCUGCAGAAAGAGGAGGUACCGAAGUUCAAAGCACUACCCCUGCCUCAGUUUGACCACAUCAACUUGCCACAAAAAAAAGUGAAGAACACAACACAACCAGAGCCCUUCCAUCUGCAGACAGAUGAACGGGGAGCUACCAAGUUGCAGAAUUGGCAGCAACAGAUCAAAGAAGACCUGAAACGGCAGAAAGAGGCAGCGUGCUUCAAAGCUAAUCCAAACACCAUUGUGCACCAGGAGCCUUUUGUGCCAAAGAAGGACAGCAAGCCAAUAGCAGAGAACCUUUCUGGUUCCAUAGUUGCUGAAAGCUUUGAGCUGGCGACAGAAAAGAGAGCAAAAGAGCGUCAAGAGUUCGAAAAGCGACUCGCUAUGUUGGAAACUGAAAAAGAGAAGCUUCAAGAAGAGGAAAGACAGCAGGAGGCUGAGCGGGAGAAAGAAGAACUCUCCAGGCUGAGACAGGAACUGGUACACAAGGCAAAUCCAGUUCGCAAGUACCGCAGUCUGGAGGUGAAGCCAAGUGACCAGCCUCUGACAGUGCCAAAGUCUCCAAACUUUUCUGACCGAUUUCGGUGUUGAUCUGCACCAGUGUGUAGGAGCCCUCCUUUCCCAGCCUCUUGGGUAUAGAGAAAACACAUGCAUCUAACUUGGGACUCCUCUUAAAUUAAUGCCGGCCUCCAUUCUUUUAUUUGAUAUUGAGUAGCUUUAACAAUUUCACAGAGGCAAAUGGCUGAAAUGUGCUGUGCCUGGAUAGAGAUCACCAGUCAUGUGGCUUCACUCAACAUGUAGAGAUGUUCCUCUUAAAGACCGAGCCAGGUUUUAAUAGUGUACACGAAUUAACUACUUUGCAUACUUUAAUAAAAUAAAAGGUGUUCUGCCA